UUUUAUAACUACAAUAAAUCAAAAACAAAUGCUUUCAAGCUUUUGUGUUUAUUUUGACACAUCAAUAUGUCUAAUAACAAUUUUAAACCACCUGCAGACUUGCCUGAGAGCAGAGAGUAUGUCGAUCAGUCCAAUUUUGAGUUUUCCGAGUAUUUAACAUUUGAUGAUUGGCUUGAUGAGGAGGAUCCAACAUCUAAUGCUUCUGGGUCUACUCAUCAAAAUCCAGUUCAUCAAGCUAAUGAAGUGAGUGUGUUUGGUGGGAGUGAAAGCCACGUUGAAGGGUCUAGCAGCAGAGAAGCUGGAAGUGGACGGGAGAGAAGGGAAGUUAAAGAAAGGUUCGCCUUUAAAACAAUAUCAGAGGUUGAAAUACUGGAUGAUGGAUUUAAGUGGAGGAAGUAUGGGAAGAAGAUGGUGAAGAACAGCCCAAACCCGAGGAAUUACUAUAGGUGUUCCAUUGACGGAUGCCCUGUGAAGAAGAGAGUUGAGAGAGACAGAGACGAUCCAAGGUAUGUAAUAACAACAUACGAAGGCGUCCAUAACCACGAAAGUUCUACUUAAUUAGCUCUGUAAAAGAAGUGUAGAGUACUAUUGCUGGAACUGGAAGAAGACUCACAUUAAUUACAUAUAUUGGUACAUCCAGUCAACACUAAAUAUCUGUAUUGUGGUUUCAUUGCUAACUCUUUGUUAUAUUUAUAUUUUUGUAAGCUAAGGGUACCAUAUAUGUCAGUGUCAGGCGAGUGAUGUGGGCCAUACUUUUUUUUAUUUUUCUUUUUCUUUUUCUUUUUUGAGAAUGAUAUGGGCCAUACUUUGUACCAUGAUUAUCUGCUCAUGUACAAUCAAGUAUUUAAUAAUAAAUUAUAAUAUGUUAGAACCUUGA